CCGCGUGCAGCUCGCUCAUGUAUAUUUAUGAGGCGUUUCUGCAGUGAGGCGGCUGGACAUUAUUGAUGUCUUGCUGAGGAGGUGGCGGUUUCUGCUCGGUGAAGAAAAAAAGGGCCUGAUUUUAGUUUUCCAGAACGCACCCGCCUUCGACCAGUCAUCCUACCGCUGCUCGCUCAACCAGCGUCUCGAUGCAGUAGCUGCUCGCGCGUCACUAAUGGCAACCAGCGCGCGAGAGGAUGUGUGUGCCUUCUUGAGGGAAACAGAAAAUCGCGUAUAACUUGGGAUAUAACUCGUAUUUCGAAUAAUUUGGGAUAUGAUUAAACGCGAUUUUCUGAACCGAAUGGAUGCGGGAAUGAUGCCUCUCCGUGUCGGGAAUUCCUUUCUGUGUCUCUUUGUAGCGGUGCUGAGCUCUGUGGUACAUACCAGCAUCUCCCUGCCUCAUUACGGAGACGCCUUGGUAAAGACAAGGGCUCGGCGUGAUGACGCCAGGUACCUCGGGAGGGAGAACACGGUGCCAGUGCGGUUGUUGUACCGAAUGGACGGAGACACUCAGACGGCUCAUGAUGUUCUGAACACACGGGUCCGAAUGAGCUCUGACAGUAAACAGAACCACGCGGCUCAGGCUAGCUUCCAGGUUGAUGCUUUCGGACAGACCUUCGUUUUAGACGUGGAACUGAACCAUGAUCUUCUAUCAUCAAAUUACAUUGAGAGGCACAUAUCAGAGGAGGGGCAUUCAGUUGUCAGCAAAGGUGGAGAACACUGCUACUACCAUGGGAAAGUACGUGAUAUUCUGAAGUCAUAUGUGGCGCUUUCAACUUGCCAUGGAUUACAUGGGAUGUUUUUUGAUGGGAAUCACACGUACAUGAUUGAACCAGGAGGAGAGAAUAAUAAGAGCGAGGAGGUUCAUGUGCACAUGAUUUAUCAGUCUCAUGGUUUGGACGCCCCAGAGGACUUCAUUUCUGCAGUUCAUCUGGCAGAGUCACCAUUCCAGAACCCUCCACAGUUCAGUGCCGCCCACAGGAGGAAAAAGAGACAGAUAUCGCGAAGUCCACGGAGUGUUGCCGAUGAGACCAAGUAUAUAGAGCUGAUGGUCAUAAAUGAUCAUUUGAUGUACAAGAAACAUCGCCUUUCCGUUGGACAAACAAACAACUAUGCCAAGUCUGUUGUAAAUAUGGCUGAUCUGUACUUCAAAGAGCAGCUCAACACUAGAAUUGUCUUGGUUGCAAUGGAAACGUGGGCGGCAGACAACAGGUUUAACAUUAACGAUGACCCCAUGGUGACAUUACGAGAGUUUAUGAAGUACCGAAGAGACUUUAUUAAAGAAAAGUGUGACUCCGUUCACCUUUUCUCAGGCAACCGUUUCCAUAGCAACUGGGGAGGAGCUUCAUACAUGGGCGGAGUCUGCUCACACACUAAGGGAGGCGGAGUCAAUGAGUAUGGAAAGGAAAUGGCCAUAACUCUCGCUCAGUCACUGGGACAAAAUAUCGGCAUCUUUUCUGAUAAGAAACGAAUUUUAAACGGGGAGUGCAAGUGUGAAGAUAAAUGGUCUGGCUGCAUAAUGGAUGAUGUUGGCUUCUACUUACCUGAGAGAUUUUCUGACUGUAACGUGGAAGAGUUUCAUGAAUUCCUGAACAGUGGAGGUGGUGCGUGUCUCUUCAAUAAACCUUCAAAGCUCUUGGAUCCUCCAGAGUGUGGAAAUGGUUUUGUGGAGGCAGGAGAGGAGUGUGACUGUGGAAGCCCAGCCGAGUGUGCUAAAGAAGGGGAGAACUGCUGCAAGAAAUGUAUGUUGGCUCAGGGAGCCAAAUGCAGCGAUGGUCUCUGUUGUAAAAACUGCCAGCUGGAGUUUAUGGGUGAAAUUUGUCGUGAGGCGGUCAAUGAUUGUGACAUACCGGAAAUGUGCACUGGGAACUCCAGCCAGUGUCCUCCAAACCUGCACAAGAUGGAUGGGUACACAUGUGAGAAAGACCAAGGAAGAUGUUUCAAUGGCAGGUGCAAAACCAAGGACAGGCAGUGCAAGUACCUCUGGGGAGAGAAAGCAACAUCGGCUGAUAAGUUUUGCUAUGAGAAACUCAACAUUGAGGGCACAGAGAAGGGCAACUGUGGCCGUGACAAAGACACCUGGAUUCAGUGCAAAAAACAGGAUGUACACUGUGGAUACCUGCUCUGCUCCAACAUUUCUCCAGCACCCAGACUAGGAGAGUUACAGGGAGGUUUGACUUCUUUCUCGGUGGCCCAGCACAGCGCCUCACUGGACUGCAGUGGAGGGCAUGUGCUGAUUGACGGCGACACUGAUCUUGGAUACGUAGAGGACGGAACGGCAUGUGGGACGGAUCGCAUCUGCUUUAACCACAAAUGCCUCCCAGUGCAAGAAUUCAACUUCAGCACGUGCCCCGGCACCAAUGAAAGGGUGAUCUGCUCCGGACAUGGGGUGUGCAGUAACGAGCUCAGGUGUGUGUGUGACCUGGGCUGGGCAGGUGAGGACUGUAACUCCACCUCUCCUUUGAGUUACCUGCUGGUGCGUCCUACACCCAGACCAUCAGGCAUCGUAACUACUAACAUCAUAAUCGGGGCCAUCGCUGGCUCUAUCCUGGUCCUUGCACUGAUUCUAGGCAUUUCUGCAUGGGGAUACAAGAGCUACAGACAGCGUCAAUAUGUUGAAUCAGAAGUACACAGAAGAUUUUGUCGUCAAAUGCCUCCGGGUGAUUACGUGAAGAAGCCUGGAGAUGCGGAUUCUCUCUACAGUGACAUGCCGCAGGGCGUAAGCUCGAACUCUGGAAGCAGCUCCAAGAAGAGAUCUAACGGUCUGUCUCACUCUUGGAGUGAAAGAAUCCCAGAUGCCAAGCACAUCUCUGACGUCUGUGAAAACGGACGACCCAGGAGCAACUCAUGGCAAGGAAACAUCACAGGUACCCGUAAGAAGCUCAAGGGAAAGAAGUUCCGCCCUCGCUCCAACUCCACAGAGACACUGUCACCGGCCAAAUCACCCACCUCUUCAACCGGCUCCAUCGCCUCCAGCCGGAGAUACCCCUACCCCAUGCCUCCGCUUCCAGAUGAGGAGAGGAAGGCCAACAGACAGAGUGCCAGGCUGUGGGAAACGUCAAUAUAAAAGAACUCCUCGAAACUGGUCUGCAAAACUCCGUAAGGAUUUUCCUCUGCUUUUGUAUGAAUGAGAAAAUGAAACCAGUAAGAAAAUAAGGAAUUCAAAUGGAGAAACAAGGGACUAGUGAAUGGAAGAGUUGGGCGUGGUCUCCUCCGAUGUCUGUUCAGCAUUUGUGGCAUGGAGCCGUCUUACCCUGGAUGUUGAGGUGUGCGGCAUCAGAUUCCCAUUCCCGCUGUCAUUCGUAAAAAGGACUCAGGAACACGAUUUCAUCACGACACAAACCCAGAAUGGCAGCCGUGCUGAGCAGAUACAGAGACAACAGCAGCCACUUGUGCCCUCAUUAAAUCCCGCCCCCUCUCGUGACCCCACACACAGCCUGGCCCGCCUCCAAACACAAGCUGUCUUGUGAUUGGUGCCCUUGUUGCCCGGGUGCAAGAAGCUCAUGCAGGAGCAGGAAGUUAACCAUUGUUUUGAACGCACGCUGUCACUGUAGAACCUACUGCUGUAUGCAUGAGAAAACAUGUUUAUCGAUUCCUUGUAGUGUAACGAUGUACAAAUGUUUUAAGAUCUUUCACUCAAGGGUGCCGCAUGUAUCGAAGGACAGCUCCAUAGGCUGGUAAGAUUCAAUCAUGUCUCAAACGUCCCCCCGUGUCCGCGUCACCAGAACAUCAUCCGGCCCCGUUCAUACGGUCACCUUUUCUCAGAGAAUUUUGUACAUAUGUCAUAUAAUUCAGAGUGAAAUGUGAGAUUGUGGUAUUUUUCGCUUUUAAUGUUUGGUUGUGGAGAGCGUGGCGGAACUUUUCUUCUGCUUUAGUGUGUCAGUCCUGUGAUCGUCUUCCUAAAUUUACAGAAUCCAUCUCAAGCCUAGCGCACGCUACAAGACAGAAGCGCCAUUUCAUGUUUUCUCCAUCCGUCCCAGAUUGAGCAGCACAUGGCAGUCACCAACGUUCUUGUAAUGUGCACACUUCUACUUCAGAUAGAGUAGUCGAAGGUGCUAUUAAAAAUGUUGUGAUGAAACAGAUUUUUUGUUCUGCAUUUUGACCAUAGACUAAAAAAAGUUGGACGACGCACCUUCACUCUCUGCCAUUAUAAAAAAGUGAAGCCGCCAAUGACCAAAUAUGGUGCUGACAUCUUGAAACCCGAGACUGCGCAGUAGUGAGCAUGAAGUGGAGCCGUGGUAUCAAGGCCCCGCCCACAGUCCCACAGAAUCAGUUAGUACAGUUUACUGCAGAACAACUCAUUAUGUCGGUGUGAAAUAAACGGUUAUGGAAACGUAGAAAUUAAAGUUGAAGCUCAAAUCCGUCGGUGCCUCAGUGACUACUUCGUUCAGAGAGGCUGUCAAGCAUCAAAUAACUAACUAAACCCAAACUUAUUUAAAAAACGAGGACUUGAAUUUACAUCAGUGUGAUUAAAAACUACCUAAAAUGACAGAAAUCAUCUUUGGAAAAAAAAUUAUUCGAAGUGUAAUUUGAGUGUAUAGUUUUUCUCACAUCCCAUUCGAUUACAUGGAUAGGGCGGGGUUUAUGAGCUAUACUGCAUCCAGCCACCUGGGGGCGAUCGAAACGUUUUGGCUUCACUUUUCAGGACUUGUGUGGCACACUUGAUUUUCACUUACAGUCAAACCAAAAUUUAUUCAGACAAUAUUACAAUUUAUUCACUAUAGUUUAAAAAAAGGUAAUAAAAUAUGACAAGAUCUCAGAGUUAAACUGUGUCAGAAAAAAUAAUCUUAAUUAUGUCAGAUAACACUUAAGCAAAACAUGGUCAGGUCAAAGUGUCUGAAUAAUUUUUGGUCUCAAAUUUUUAUCAAUUUUACUGGUAGUCCACUGUAUGAAGAAUUUUUGGGUAUGUCAGUUUACUUUAUUUUGCUAUCCUCAUUUACAUAAAUGAACUAUAGUGUCCUGCACCCACUAGUAAAAAUAUCUCAAAAUUAUAUCUAGCGUCUGAAUAAUUUUUGGUUUGACUGUAUAUCCAAGUGUAUUAGAUUACAGAAAUAGAAAAAACUAUAGGAUGGGAACUUCUAUCGAUCAGUUGUUGACUGGAUGGAGGCAGAUCUGAAUGUGAGGUCGCACUCAAUUGUAAGAAAGGGGUGGGGUUUAAGCGGACUAAAUGAUUGGGAAAGUCUGGCUUACGUCACCAGAGAAAAGUUUGUCAAAGAUCGAGGUCAAAAAUAAUUUAUAAAUGGGGGAAUCGUUCACAAUAAGAUCAAAAACGUACAUUUAGAAAAUAGGGAGAGUUUACAUUUCAAGAUGACUUAAAAUCAGCGCUAAUGUUGCUGUUCUACGCCAGUUUGUAACAUGGUCGAUUAGUUGUAAAGUGCUAGCAUGACAACACGAGAGAAAAUGAAAUGUGCAAAGGACCGUGAGCUUCUGUUUUGUAAUGCGCAAGAGGCUUUAGUUUGGUGUUUCAAUUGAGUUGAUUUUCCCUCAUGUUCACAACCGAAUGUAAUUCUUUCAUUUCCUCAUCGUCAUCAUCUCAUGUUAUAUAUAAUUCUCUUGUAAACGUAAGGAAUGUGAUUUUAGCUGAUUGUUUUGGGUACUUGGCUUUUUUGUGAUACAUGCUGCGUUCAUAAAAACGUCAGGAACUGAUUUGCGUAUCGCCUAUCCACCUUAUUUUCGUCAACGCUUCAGUUAUUUUAACAAAUCAGCCCAGCUAACAAACAUAUGUUCUAAGAACAUUUUGUUUAUGUUCCCAUUAAGUUAUAAAAACAUUUUUCAGUACAAAUAGUUCUCAGUUAACUGCACAUUUAGUUAUUUACCUGAUGAUAAUACGGUUUCUCGCGCGUUUAACACAAAAAAUAGCUUACUUCCGCGUGGAUUUUCCUUUUAAUAAAUGCUUAAAAAAAUAUUUCUGCGUUAAAAAAUAAGGUGGAUAAAACGAACGUAAGAAUUGAAGCCGAAUUCAGAAUCAAAAUGGCUGAUGUGCUUUACAUAGGUGACUGAACUAAUAUUCUCAACAAAAAACCUGGAGAUGUGUGAAUGUAAGGCUAAACAUAUUUCCUUUGAUGAAUUAAUGAGAUUUAGUGAGGAAUCAAUGUUGAGAUUUUUUUUAAACACACUCUCCCUGAAUAGCAUUUAUGUAGACUAGCUGUUAUGAACCCAUAAUCACAGUUUUCUGAUUUUUGGUAGAUGUUUGUUUAUAGCAUGACACUCUUCACACUGCAGUAUCCCUCUGGUCACGUGACCAUUCGGCCUUGAUCGAUUGCCUACUUCUGGUCAGUAUUGUAUUAGUAAUGGCAGUUUUCAUCUGUACAUAGUCUGCUGUGUGGUCGACCUGUCGGCACUGAUUUUUGCACUCUGCCUGUAAUCCACGAAUAACACCGCCAUGAUGCAUAUGAAGUAUUUUUAAGGAAAAUUUGUAAAGUCUUUCCCUUCCCCAGUAUUACUACAUGUACAUAUUUAACCCCAACAACGAUUAAGUGCUUUAGAAUGAUUAAUGCCGCAAUAGGUUUCUGUGCAAACUAAGGUUUUAUUUCAUUUCAGGUCGCCUUUGUACUUCUCGUGGGACAAUUGUCCUGUUUCUGUGUGUUUGUAUUUGCAGUUUACGUGCAAAAUUACAUUAUAUGCCAUCAGGAGACUAAACCCACACAAAGAACAUUCAGCUGACAAUAAUUCAAUGUAGUUUUUUUUUUUUCGUUUAUAAUAACCAUCUGAAGCAAUACUCUGCUCACUGUGACCCUGACCUGUCAGACACACAUGCACAUUCGUACUGGAAUUAAACGUUUCAGUCUGAUGCCAAUCGUCAGAUUAAUCAAUUGAUCAGGCAUCUCAGCGCAUUGAUCCCUGACUGAAAGACACAACCAAAAUGUCAAUGAAUGUAUUUAAGGAAAUUCAUAUUUACACAAACAGACCACACCCACACACAUACUGAAAUCCAGCACAGAGUUAACUGGAAAUGAUUUUUGUUGUUGUUUUGCAGCUGUAAUUUACGUCUUUUUCUAGUCAGCCGUUGUCACAGCCUGCUGUUUCUCUUCUCGUGUCUGACCUUGUACACAGUGUUGGUAUUCAUAGAUUCUUCAUGGCUAUUUUCUUUCAUUUUGUGCUGUACAUAGACUGAUAAAUAAAACGAUAAAAGCUCAUUUUUUUCAUACAGUAUCCAUUCAGUAUUGUAAUAUAUUUAAGAUAAAAAUUAAAACUUUCAUUCAAA